UGAAGGAUUUGCUAACGUAUACAACUCAAUAGCUUCAAAAAUUAAAGCUCCUGCAAUAUGCCUACAACAUAGUUCUAUUAAUCUUCCUGAAUCUGCUCACUCUGUAGUACACUCAGCCACUGAUCUUCUACCUCAUAUUUUAUCAAAACUAACAGAUUCUACAGAAUUUGUAAUUGGCGCAUAUUCAUAUGGAUCUCUUAUUGCUAUUGAAAUGGUAAAACAAUUAGAAGCUAAAAACUUUCGAGGGCGAUUAGUAUUAAUCGACGGAGCUCCCAAGUACUUAAAAAUCUUACAGAAAACAUUUUUCCCUUUUACCAAUAAUCAAGAAUUUCAACUUAUUGUGUUAAAACAAAUAAUGGAUGUGUUUAAUAUACCUGUAUCAGAAAUGAUUAUAUCAGACAUGAGUAAAUAUGUUACCUGGGAAGAAAAACUAAAUAUUUUAAUCAAAAAUAAGUCUGAAAUAACCAAUACAAUUUCUACUGAUUCUAUUAAAAUAUUUUGUACAACAAUUUACAAACAUUUNAUUGCUAUUCGAGAAUAUGAUAUGUCUUCAUUGGUUUCAAUCCGGUCACCUAUAAUAUUAUUGAAAGCAACAAAUUCAUUACUUCCUUCGGUAGAAGAAGAUUUCGAUCUAAAUAAGAUAAGCAAAAACGUACAAAUUCACUACGUAGAUAGCAAUCAUAUAUCAAUAAUUAACACUGAACUGGUUGCAGCUGCUAUUAAUGGACAAAUAAAACAAGAGCAAUAAAUAGUUUGUCGUCGAGAAAAAUAACAAGAGACUCUAAAAGCA